AUGCAGAGGAUCAUUCAACGGACAGUAACUGCUCGCAAACAGGCACAAAAGAAGGUCUACAGAGCCAAAAAAGCUGCGGAAUUGGUGGAUCGCAAGGACGUCCUUCGGACACGAAAGGAAUAUGCUCUGAACGUGGUUGGCGCCCUCAAGGAUGCUCAAAAAGCCCGCUGGGAGGACUGGGAAAAAGGCAAUCUGGCUCCUAAGCGGGAUUCCGGACUCGAGGCCAUGACUUAUGGUGCUGUAAACCAGAACCUUGUGUCUCCUCCGAGGAUUCCCAAGCACCUGCGGCGGAAGUAUAUUCCCUUUGCCGAAGGAGAUCGAGUCGUCAUUAUCAAAGGUCGUGACACCGGCAAGAUCAAUGAAAUCACGCAGGUAAAUCGGGAGAGUGAGACGGUUAUUAUCAAGGAUCUCAACAUGUCCGACGUUGUUCUCCCUGAAUGGGCCAAACUCUCUCUAGGAGCACAAGGCGAUACUAUUGCCCAGCCCAUGCCUGUACCAAUUGACAACAUUCGCUUGGUCCCGGCCCUGAUGGAUCCCGUGACUGGAGUGACAAGGGAUAAAAUUAUACAGCAUAUCUACGCUGGUAAACCCAAGAUCAAUCGACAGAACUGGAGCAAACUUCCUCGCUAUACCCGCUACGUCGGUGGCAGUGACAUUCAAAUUCCCUGGCCCACGGAAUCAGCACCAGCUGAGGAAGACUUGGAUUCCGAUACACGAGGAAUCGAAGUCGACGAUAUAACCUGGGUUCCAUCUAUGCAAGAACCUCCUUUCCCAUCUACGGUUAUUGAUGAACUUCGAAACAAAUACUCCAGAUUCCGAACUCGCCACGAGCCCGAGUAUGUGCGACAGAAGGUUUUGGAGGAGUACCGACAGGAAUACCUUGCGAGCCAGCGCUUGCUUACGCCUCGCGGAGAGAAGAUUGCGUCUCAAGCUAUUCAAGGUGCAGCAGUGAAGAAGGCAAGAUUGGAUGAGGAUGGAAACGUUAUCAUGGCUAAGGAGACGAAGGAGUUCAUUAACCAAUAUUUGAGCUCCAACCAGCCUAAGUCGAGCCAGAGCCCUAAGAAGGCGAAAAAGGUCAAGGCCUAG